AUGAAUUCUGAUCAUUCAAUUAAAAAUACUCAUUCAAAAAUCGUACUCGAUUAUUCAUUUUGUAAUUCGAGCAAUCUAUGGAAUUAUCUUGGUAUAAUAACAAUUAUACUUUUUCUAAUUACUUUAAUGUCCUAUUUAAAACAUCGACAACAUCAAAAAACCGUACGACAUCAUAAAAAUAAUUAUAAUACAAUAUAUAUUAUUGUUUUAAUAUUAUUGGGAUUAUUUUUUGUUGUACCAUUUAUGUGUUGGUUAUUAACAUUUGUUGAAAUUCUAGUUACAUUUAUACGUUAUGGUCAAAUUGCAGCAUCACCAUUACCAAUUCUAUCAUUACCUAUAAGAAUUAUAGCAUAUAUUUAUAUGAAAAUUACGAUAGCUAUACACAUGUAUUUAACAGCACCAGGAACAUUUAUUUUUCUCUUAUUCUUUAUUACUUUUACAUGUAUUAAAUUUGUGAUUCUUCUAGUUCUUCGUUUUGGUGUACCAGGAUUUCUUGUUUGUUCAUGGAUUGGUUUUGCUAUACCAUUGUAUGCUUUAAGUGAAGUGGGAAAUAUUGAUUCAUGGGUUGAUCUAUUAUUUAAUAGUCAAUUACCAUUAUUUAUUCUUUUAAAAUUUUCACCACUUCUUCUUGCUGUACAAUCACGAAUCUUAUGGAUAUUUCUAUUUAUUCUCUUUCUUUUUGGAUGUUAUCUCAAAUUUGGUUUAACUCUAUUAUUUGUUUGUAAAUGUUUACUUAUUAUUGUUCUUGUUCGUUUUACAUAUGUGAUAGGAAAAGCGUUUAUUAUAUUUGUAUUUUUUACACCGGUGGCAGCUAAUACCAGUAGAAAUAGUGAUGAUAUUCAAUAG